AUGUGUGCUUCUUCAGUAUUUUCGUCUGCCCGCGACGACAGUCGUGUCCCAACAUUCAAUACAGCAUAUAUGAAUGCUUCCGACAGAUUCUGGGACAUGUACCUGAGCGUGGCCCUUCCUGAAGAUCGGCAGAGAGCGGAGCGAUGGAAAGGAGACACCGACGGAAUACUCAUAUUCACGGGUCUAUUUGCGGCAACUGUUGCGACCUUCGCAGUCGCUCAGUACCCUUCUUUAUCUCCAGACAGUGGGGAAGCAACCGUCGAGCUCCUCCACCACCUCAUCAUUCUCAUGAACGGGAGCCGACCGCUAGAAUCAUCAGCCCUACAAGAUCUAGAUACGUUCACCGCGAGCACUUCUGCUGUGUAUGUGAAUGCUCUCUGGUUCCUCUCGCUCAUCGUCUCUAUAUUCUGCGCACUUUUGGCCGUGAUGCUUCAACAAUGGACGCGACAAUACAUUCUUGAUACGCAACACACCGGCACGCCAAGUGCUCGUGGACCCGUGCAUUGGCUGUUGUCCACGGGUAUAGAAGAGUCCUUCAUGGAGAACGCAACCGAGCUGAUCACAUUCUUGUUGCAUGUCGCCGUGACGCUAUUCUUCGCCGGUCUCAUUGUGCUUCUGGUGUCACUUAACACCAUCAUUGCUAUCCUUUCAUCCGCAGUCAUGAUCUGCGGUAUCGCUACCUAUGCCGUGCUUAGCGUUCUGCCGUUGAUACGAGCCAAAUCGCCGUACUAUACGCCCUUGACCUCAUUCAUACGUCUGGCGCUUUGGGUCUGGCUAACUCUUUGCGAAAAAUUAUUGACAAUGAUGGGUGGGAUAACCCGUUUCUUGAGAGGGCAAGCGCAUACCAGAUCACAAAACAUAGUGUGCGAUGGUAUACAUCAAAGACGGGCUGAUCUCGAGGGUGGCCGUUUCGCUUUAGUCAAACGAUCUGCAACCACGCUUAGUUCGAGCGAUUGGUUCAAGGUGAUCACCGGUAUCUGGCAACGCGCCACCGAGCCUCACGAAGUGGGGAGGCUUCUAGUUACGCUUUCCCCACUGAUCUUGUCUCCAGCACAUAGACACCAGCAGCGUUACGGUGGCCUGUACGAUGUCGGAGGAGAUGUUGGCGAGGGCCAGGAUUCAUUAACGGAAGACCAAGCUUGGACAGUCAGCACUCGCUUACUCUUUGAUACGGAUGUGUUCACUCGGGCUGUGUCAUUCUUCAAGUCGGGAAAUCCGAGAGAUCGCUCUCUCGCAGAGGGGGAGUGUAAUAGGCGACUCGUUGUCGGCUCGUUGUUUAUACGCUGCCUUAUCUUGACGAUCUACAACCAAUGUGCACCCGAAGAAAAGGGUGUGUACGGUAGUCCCAACGCGUGGCUCAAGCCCAACAAGGCCUGGCUGAAGCUUGCCAGGGACUACGGAGAGAUUGACACGUUUGUCAACGGCGUCCGAGAUCGCUCGGGAAUCGAGGCUCCAGUAUAUCGCUUCUCAACAUAUGUUUUAACGUACUGCAUCCACACCACAAUGACCGGACUCACGCCUUCAGUAUGCCUCCACGAAGACGGGCAGUACGGCCUCGAGCGCUACCGCUGUGAUGAGCUUGGACGAGAUGACGACGUUAUUGGUCCACCUUACGUUGCCACUAUGGCGGACCUGGGACAAUUGAAACUGAGAACAUUCUACAUCACGAGACCCGAAGACUGCGUCCGCUGCCGACUGCUUCACCUCGUGUCUUUCAUCAUGAAUAUCGCUUAUCUCGGCCCCAGGUCUCAACCUGUGCAAACAUUAAUCAGCAUUGCCCACCUCUGGAGACCAAUGUUGAAGCUCUUGCAUUAUGAGGGGCGCGAAGGCUAUGAUCCCGCUCAUGAACUGGUCUCAGCCGUGAGCCACCCGCGUAAAGCGCCCACUGAAACGCUCAUGUCGCAAAUGCUCGACUUCCGCAACAAAGAAGGCAGCCCAAUCUGGCAUGAUCUUGACCUCUCGCGAACCGACUUCCCAUACACAAUCAAUCAUGAGCACGCAUACAUGUUCGACGCCUAUCCUGAGUUACGGAUGAUGUUCAAAGACCUGGUCGCAUGGUCAGGAGUUGACUUCGGCGCCGUUCGUCCCAGACCAUUACCGCCCCUUCCAUCGGGCUGGGAGCGACGAGUCGAGGGCGGGAAGGCGUUUUUCAUCGAUCAUAACACUCGUACCACGACAUAUGUGGAUCCUCGUAUGGAGCCACAGUCCAGCGAAUCCGUGUUCGUUGAACCUAGAGCAGAGAGCAGUGCAUCACAGCCACCGCCCGGCACAACCUCGGACUAG